GUUUAUAGGUUGACGCGGUGUCAUAUUCUAUACUUAAAACGUACAAUGCGAUAAAUUAUUUACAUUGCGCAAAUUCGAUUGAGAAAAUUUGAUCGCAAUGUUCAGUAUUAUUUUUUUAAUUUUGUUACUGACCAAGUUUUAUAGCUCAUAUUGCGAACAUUUUAAUAUUGAUACAAACGGUUAUAUUGUUUACUGUCCAUGUAUGGGAAGAUUUGGAAAUCAAGCAGAUCACUUUUUGGGUGCUUUAGGAUUCGCAAAAGCAAUAAACCGUACUUUGGUUCUACCACCAUGGGUCGAAUAUAGAACUGGGGAAACUAGAUCUAUACAAGUUCCUUUUGAUAAAUAUUUUAAUGUCUCACAAGUACAAAGUUGCCAUAAAGCAAUAUUAAUGGAAGAUUUCAUGAAUGGUAUUGCAGAGAGAAUAUGGCAACCUAAGGAAAGAGUAUCUUUCUGUUAUUCCGCGCGUGGCAAAAAAGAUUCAUGCAAUGCUAAAGAGGGGAAUCCAUUCGGUCCAUUCUGGGACACGUAUAACAUAGAUUUUGUAAAAUCAGAAUUUUAUGGCCCUCUUCAUUACGAUGUAUAUCAUACAGACAUGGCAAUACAAUGGCGAAAACGAUACCCUGCAGUAAGUUGGCCGGUAUUAGCGUUUACAGGUGCACCUGCUAGUUUUCCUGUUCAGUUAGAAAAUAAAAAAUUACACAAAUGUCUCGAAUGGAACACACUGAUGCUUGAUAAAGCAAAAGCAUUUAUAAAACAGAAAUUGUCAAAGGGAGCUUUUGUAGGAAUUCAUUUGCGUAAUGGAAUUGAUUGGGUUCGUGCUUGUGAAUUUAUAUCAAGUACACCAAACCUUUUUGCUGCUCCCCAGUGUCUUGGUUAUCGAAAUGAACGUGGUAAAGCAACUUCUGCUAUGUGUUUGCCAUCGUUCGAUUUAAUAGUACGCCAUCUCAAACGCGUUAUACGUAAUGGCAAUGAUAUCAGAUCGGUAUUUGUAGCAUCUGACAAUAAUUACAUGACAGAAGAACUUACUAAAGCUCUAGCGCGUAUGGAAGUGUCGGUUUUUGAGCAAGAUUCGCCCGCAUCGCCCCAUUUAGAUUUAGCUAUUCUUGGAAGAGCAAAUUAUUUUAUAGGAAAUUGUAUUUCGUCUUUUUCAGCUUUUGUUGCUAGAGAAAGAGAGAUUAAAGGAUAUCCUACAUUCUUUUGGGGCUUCCCCACAGAAAGGUCUUCAUUUUCUGUUACACACGAAGAAUUGUAA